AUGACGACACAACGCGUCUUCCAGCUCAGCGGCACAUGCAACAACUACCCCUGGGGCAAACAAGGAAGGAAGUCGCUGGCUGCCCAAUUGUGCGCAAGGACGCCCGGCACCGACUUUACGAUAGACGACGAGCAGUACUACUCGGAGAUGUGGUUCGGCGACUACCCCGACUUCCCGGCGCGGGUGCUCCAGACGGGCGAGCCGCUCGCGGACGUCCUGGAGAGGGACCAGCAGACGCUGCUGGGCAAGAAGGUCGUGGACACGAUGGACGCCCAGCUGCCGUUCCUCCCAAAGAUCCUCUCGAUAGCAAAAGCCCUCCCGCUCCAGCUGCACCCCAACAAGGACCUAGCCACAAGGCUGCACAGUCAAGACCCGUCGCAGUUCACAGACCCCAACCACAAGCCCGAGAUCGCAGUGGCCCUCUCGGAGUUCGAGCUCUUCGCGGGCUUCAAGCCCCUCCAGGAGAUCCAGGCGCUCUUUUCCCUCCCCGCGCUGAGGCCCUACGUCCCGCAAGCAGCACGACAGACGGACAGCCAGUGGGACAACGAGACCCUCCGCGCCGUGGCGCGCGCCCUGCUAAAAGCCGACGACGCCACGGUCAGGGCGACCUCGGACGCCCUCCUCCAGCACACGCCCCGCGAGGCCCUGCGGGCCGCGGGCGGCGGGCACAUCGCGGACCUGCUCCCGCGGCUGCGGGCGCAGCACGGCCCCGGGGACGGCGGGGCGCUCGUCGCGGUGGUGUGCAUGAACUUUUUGACGCUAAGGCCCCUGGACGCGGUGUACAUCCCCGCCGACGGGGUCCACGCGUACCUGUCGGGCAACAUCGUCGAGUGCAUGGCGCGGUCGGACAACGUCCUCAACGUCGGGUUCUGCCCGCGCGCGGACCGGGAUAGUGCGGACCUGUUCGCGGAGACGCUGACGUUCCGGCCGCACAGCGCCGGGGACGUGAUCCUCCCGAGGCGGAGGAGCGGGCGGAGCAGCACCGGGCGGACGGGGGUGUAUAGCCCGCCCAUGAGCGAGUUCGACAUGCUUGUUUGUGGGCUGGGGGCGGGCGAGGGCGAUGAGAUUUGUGCUGGGGAGGGCCCUUCUGUUUUGUUUGUUACGCAGGGGAGCGGGAGGAUGACCGCGGAUGGGACGGGGUUUGAGCUGAGGGAGGGGUUUAUUUAUUUCGUGGCGCCGGGGGUGGCAGUUAAGUGGGAGACAGACAGUGGCAUGCAGGUGUUUAUGGCUACUGUUUGA